UCCACACAUAGUUCAAUCCAAACGGAGUUUUUAGUGUAUAACAUUUUUAGUAUUAGCAGACAGGUGUUUAAUUCAUUAAGUUUCCACACAAAAUCAGAUUAUGUAGCAUUGGGAAGCAUCUCCUCCGUAGACAUCCAUUCAAAAAGAACGGCCUCUUGUUUCCUGGCAUAUUGAAUGUCUGCGUUAUGCUAUUCUAUGCUAAGGCGGUAGAUAACUUCAAAUAGUCUCUGGCCGUCCAGCAUCACAGCCAAAAUUAUUUGAACGAACAGUUGUUGAUAAACACUACCUCUUUUUAAGGAAAACGAGAGCGUAUUAUAUAUUAUAUUAUAGAUAUUUUAUAAGGUAAUAAUUUUCAUUCGUAUGCGUACUGGAACUGAAAAAACUAUUUAGUCAAAGCCCACAACUGCGAAAGUGAAACCAAAAGUCAAGUAUCAGAUAAUGUAAUACAACUCCAAACGCUUCGUUGAAAUAGGUUUGUGUUUGGUGAAAACAUUCAAAAACAAAACGUUUGGUUGGCAAUGAUGUCAAAGGCUCACCCCAUCUCCAGAGCUGCAUUACUAGCACAUGUCUAUCUGCUGUGCUGUGAUCUCGUUCUGUGGGCAUGUGUGUGGACUGCACUACUGUGGCUGGAUGGCGAGGACAGUUUGGACUUAAGGUACCUGUGGGCUUUCAGGAUCAUCAGCUGGGCUGUGCUUUAUUCACAAACCACAUAUAUUGCUGAUAAAAUUGUUCAGCCCCUCCUGAAGCGCUGGGUGGCCUUACAGAGCUUCCUACCUGCAGUAUUUGACAGUAUUGCUCAGCCAUUGCUGCAAGGGAUUACGAGGGGGUUCAGCCCUGUGCCUGAUCCUGGCAUGGUGAUCCUGAGCUCUGUUACAUCUGCUCUGAUAUAUUUGGUGUGGGAGGUGGCUUUCCCACAUGGUGGAUCAGCCAAGGGUGCCAAAAACCAGAAGGAUGAAGAGGCCAAGGCACUCCUGAUGAGAGUGAUUCAUUACUCCAGACCCGACUACCUUCACCUAGGGGCUGCCUUCGUCUUCCUCAGUCUGGCAGCGCUAUUUGAGACCUUUAUUCCAUACUGCAUUGGAAAAGUUGUUGACAUAUUGAGUGGUAAAUAUCAGCAUGAAAACUUCUUGUGGGCCAUUGGACUCAUGGCACUGUGCUCACUAGGAAGUUCUAUGUUCAGUGGUCUGCGUGGCGGGAUGUUUAUGUGUAGCCUCAGUAGACUCAACAAGAGAAUUCGACACAUGCUGUUCCAGAGUCUUAUGAAGCAGGAAAUAAGCUUCUUUGAAGAAAACAAACCAGGUAGUCUCACAUCACGUUUGGUCUCUGACACUGAUAAGAUGGGUCGUUCUGUGGCCAUGAAUGUGAAUGUGUUACUGCGGAGUCUGGUGAUGACAUGUGGCAUGCUAUUCUUUAUGCUGCGCCUGUCCUGGCAGUUAACACUUCUCACAUGCAUCGAAAUGCCACUUCUUGCUUUCAUUCAGAAUUCCUACAACAACCACUCCCAGAAAACGUCAAAAGAGCUUCAAGACUGUAAUGCAGAGACUGCAGAGUUGGCAUAUUCUGUCAUUAAGUCUAUGAAGACAGUGCGCAGCUUUAAUGCAGAGGAUCCGGAGAAAAGAAGUUAUGAACAGGUUUUGGACAAAAAACUCCUGGUUUUGACAAGGAAAGGCUUCUACAGUGCUGUUUUCCUCUUAAUACGAAGGUUCAUUACAGUGGGCUUGAAGGUAGCCAUGUUGUUCCAAGGCCGUAAUCUCAUCUCAUCUGGACAGCUAAGCAGUGGCAGCCUCCUUGCAUUUGUGUUUUACCAGAAGGACAUGGUGACCAACAUGAGGCAACUUGUUUAUAUCUAUGGAGACAUGCUGAACACCGUGGGCUCAGCAGUGAAGGUGUUCCAGCUGCUCGAUAGGAAGCCACAGAUGAAAGAAAUGGGCAAUCUGGCCCCAAAAAAGCUCGAGGGAAAACUGAACUUUGAGAAGGUCACCUUUUCGUACCACUCCCGCCCUGAUGAAAAAGCACUAAAGUCUGUGACAUUGGAAUUGAGUCCAGGAAAGGUGACAGCAUUGAUAGGGCCCUCUGGUGGUGGGAAGAGUUCUUGUGUCUGCUUGAUGCAGAGAUUCUAUGAACCACAGGAGGGUGAAGUGUUCCUGGAUGGAGUACCUCUGUACCGCUACCAACAUCAAUACUUGCACCAAAAGGUGGCGAUGGUAGCCCAGAAACCUGUGCUUUUUUCUGGCUCUGUGAGACAUAAUAUUGAGUAUGGUUUGCAAGACUGCACUAUCGAAAGAGUUGAAGAGGCUGCUCGAAAAGCCAAUGCACACGACUUCAUAUGCAUGUUGGAAGAGGGAUAUGACACAGACGUUGGUGAAUGUGGUGACCAGCUGUCUGCUGGGCAGAAGCAGUGUAUUGCUAUAGCCAGAGCUCUGAUAAGGAACCCACAGAUUCUCAUCUUAGAUGAGGCCACCAGUGAUACGGACUACACCGCACAACAAGCAGUUCAAGACCUACUCAACAAAACAGAUCAGACAGUACUGGUGAUAGCUCAUCGUUUGGAGACGGUAGAGAAAUCAGAUCACAUUAUCUUCAUGGAGGAAGGGAAAGUUGUCGAGCAGGGAACUCAUCAGGAGCUUAUGGCAAAAGAGGGAAGAUAUUAUCGAAUAAAGGAAAAACUUUUCGCAGAACCAACAAACUAAUGAAAUAUCUGAUAUCCAACAUACAGAUAUUUAUAUAUGAAUAUAUACAGACUCACAGGCUGCAUCAUAUUUUUAAAUAACUAAACUGUUGACUCUGGAUUUGAAUCCAUUUAGAUUGAACAAAUACUCUAAAUACAUUGCGAGUAAACACUUGGGAUUAAAAGUGACAUGACAUGAGGAAUCCAAUUUUCCUUGACAUUUAAGAAGUCUUUGCAAACAUACUUUUAGUUUCAGAAUUCAAAACAUCCUUUCUGCAAAAAGAGCAUUUGUUGAAACCAAGCUAUUAAAAUAACUUGUUCUCUACUCCCUUCACAUUGGAAUGUCACAUCUACAACAACACAUCAACCACUGCUUUACCUUAUCUCUUCUGUGGUGGUGAGCAGUGACAUGGGGAGGAUAGAGUUGGUCAGUCAAGAGCAGACAGCCAAUCAUAACAGUGGGUGUUUAAGAAGCAGCACCAAAACUGAUCGUUUCUGAAAGAGGGUCAGAAUGAGGGUGGAAAAUUAUUGUGCAUUACAGAUAUAUGACAGUUUUUUAAACAAAAUUUGUUACUAAUAUAAGUGAACCACAAUGAACAUUUUAAAGUCAUAAAAAAGCCCUGUCAUGACCCAUUUAAUUAAUUAUGUGUUUCAGGAAAAGAGUAGACUUCUGACUCUGUUUUUCAUUUGUUAAUAUAUACAGUAUUUUAUUGAUAAUGGAAUAGAUGAUAAUGUAUGAGACACAUAAAGGAAAGCAUUAGAAGUGUAAACUAUAGGUAAAACAGUACCAAAACAACAAUUACAAUAUAAAAAUGUAUAUAAUACGUAAAUUGUAUGUGGUGUAAUUAAAUCAGCGAAUGACCAGAGGGUUUGCCCUUAACAGCAGAAAAAUUUUGAAAAGUAUCUCACAGCUCUUAUUUGUCUUCACUGUGCCACUAACAGCUCCUUGAUUUUGAGCAUCCUGAAGCGUGAUUGGACCUUUAACUCAACAUGCCGUACAGUUUCACACAAGCUCUGGGCUUUUAACUGCUUUGUAUAUUCAUUUCUCUCCAAGAAGCACCUGUUGGGAAUUUUGUGAACUGUAAAUGAGAUUCAAAUGUAAAUGUACAUUUUUUCAAAGAUGGAAAGGCUUUGUGAGUUGAGUACCAUUAAACGCCUCAAAAUGGCAUGAUGCAGUCCGCACACGGCUGCCAGAAACACCUGAAUCUCCAAGAGAGCUAGAGGUCCUUCAGAAAUAAAAUUUUCCUUUGACACCUAGAAGAAAGACAUGGGCAUCUGUUAUUUUAAAUGACAGAAUUAUGAUA